AGCUGUCCCGCCUGCGCUCUUGGAAACCCGCCCCAGUGGGCCGCACGGCGCACCGAUGCCAGUAAAUAUCAACAGGCUUGACGUCGGACUGUCCCCAAUCGAGGACCCUUAUGCGGUGGCGGCGUUUCUCUCUGACUGGAUGUCGGACAUGGACUCACUCAGGAGCGGCUGGAUAGAUCUGAUGGACGGGGAUGGCGACGAUACGGACGACGAGGAUGGUGAAGACGAGGACACUACCAAUGGAGAUCUUGGGUGGUCGUCCAUCGCGCGCAUCUACCACAAGCGGUGGCGGAUGGUUGAGCGCCUGAUCCCGAUGUUCGCGCGGGUGCGUAUGCAGGAGCGACACUGGAAGUGGAAGACAGCCGGUCCGCCGAUGUGCGUGCCACGGGAGAACGAAAUUCCGAUGGAUUUUUACGAUGAGCUGGAUGUCUUUUGGACUGGCAUCCACUGGUGAAUUACAUUCUAUUCUUUACGGGGCUUGCAUCAGAUCUGGAUAUCUCGCUAUAUACGCUUGUGCAAUGUACAUGUACAUAUUAUGCAUACAGUGCACUAUACCGCACCGGGGGCGUUGAACGCCUUACAUCCCGUCCGAACGGCGAGCCAUCUGCAAAUCAA